GUGGUGGAGUGAUAUCGUGGCGCGGGUCGCAUCGGCGAGGAGGGCCGAGGAAACGCGCGACGGACGGAAAUCACGAGCGGCAGCAGGAACGGAACCGGAAGAAGGCGGGAAAUGGUCCGAGUAUCAUGCGCGUCGACGUCGGCGACGUAACCCUCCGCUCGCUGGGGCCCGCCGUAGCUCAUCAGUGUGGACGCGCAUUAUCGUCCUCGUCGUCGUCGGCGUAGUCGGUACCUCGCCCGAUCGGAGGAGCCCGCUCGGCUCGGUUGUUGCUUCGUGGUGGUGGAUGGUGGUACCUAUGUGUCGCUUCGCGAGCCCUUGAAGGCUCACGACGUGCGCUGGGCUGUUUCGCGAUCCCUCCUGAGGGCACUGGUGCGCGCUGGGAGCAUGCGGGGUACGGGCGAGGCCCGGCGAGGCGGCCCCGCGGGAGGACCGGGCUAAAGGAACGACCGCGUAUAGGGGAGGGACACUCGCGAACGCGGGCACGGUGCGCCCGCGGCCGUGCCCGCACCCGCAUCCCCGCACCUCGGCGCCGAGGCGCCGGCCACGCGCCGAUUAGACUGAUCCUGAGGACGCGGGAAGCGAGCUGGACUCGCUUUCGAGCGCAUGGAACAUGAUAGAGAUGUCGAGCGGACUCGGUGCAACUGCAAUGGGGAUCGGCGUUAGCCACGGGACAGGCGGCGAGGGUGUAACUGGUGGUUGCCGCCUCCGUGCGCAGAACCAGGGCCAGGCCUCGGGCUCCACGAUGCAGCACAGCAAUCCGCAGCAAUCGUCCCAGCAGCAGCAACAGCAGUCGCAGCAGCAGCAGACGCCCGCGUCGCAGCAGCAGUCACAGCAACAGCAACGCCAGACGGCCGGAAUCAUGGGCCGCUCAAAGAAGGACAACUGUUGCCUGUGCUGGUGCUGUUGCUGCAGUUGCUCGUGUAGGAAUAAAUGUUUAGCGGCGGUGGGCGGAAACUCGACGAGCACCGGUGGCGAUCAGGGCAAGAAGAAAGGCAACGCCAGCGACUUCCCAGGUGCCGGUAACGGUCUUGACGGACUCGAUGGCCACGACGCCAAUGUGGAGUGCUGCAGCUUGGAGGAGGUCCGAGCCUGGGGUUCGUCCUUUGACCGGCUGAUGAAGAGCGCCGCCGGCCGCAGCCUCUUCAACGAGUUCCUCAAGAGCGAGUACAGCGAGGAGAACAUCGCCUUCUGGAUGGCCUGCGAGCAACUUAAGCGAGAAAGCAAUCCCAAAAUGAUCGAGGAGAAGGCGAACUACAUUUACAAUAAUCACAUAUCCAUAGUUUCGCCAAAGGAAGUGAGCCUGGACUCGCGGGUACGGGACAUAGUGGAAGGUAACAUGCCUACGCCUACGCCGCACAUGUUCGACGAGGCGCAGAUGCAGAUCUACACCCUCAUGCACCGAGACUCGUAUCCGCGUUUCGUCAACAGCGAGUUGUACCGGAAGCUGGCUAAACUGAACAAUAGUGUCCCACCCAGCCCUAGCAGCGGGCAAGAGCGCAGUAGCAGCAGAACGAAGCGCGGGGCGACGUAAUCGUGAUCGACGGUCCAGGGACGUCGGAGGCGCGGACCAAGACCUCCAAACCAAGCACGUUCACCGGACGACCACAGCAGGGGUUCGUGACCGGCAGCAUCUCCCUCGUUGGAGAACCUUCGUCCAAGGCGAGGAGGAACGCCCAAGCGAACAGCCGACCUGGUCAGACGAUGCCUCCAGACCGGGAGCCAUUCCCUCCGGGUUGGCGACAAGCUCCGCUGGUCCCGCACGGGUGUCAGGGGGUUGUUCAAUGAUUUCACUCUUCCACGCGAAGGCGCAACGGGGCCACGUAAUCGCGCUCGCCGUUACACGCGAGUCAUUAUGACACAGCUGACGAUUAUAAAGAUCUUGUUCACGAUGGAGAUAAUACUGUUAAUAACGUUGAUGAUUAUGUUAAUGAUGUGUGAUGACGAAGGACUAAAAAACGUACGAUGAAAUCGCGGUCGCGGUCAGUCGCGUAAGAUCGCAGGUCGUGGCGUUCCACUUCCAGGAGUUCGGUGCAAGCGCAUGCACGCAGAUCGAAAUCGGUGGAUCGUAGCCGGGGGAAGAAAGGUCACUCGAUCGCUCGGGGAUGGCGGUCGCCACCGCGAACACCACUGUGUGAUUCCCGAGUCCAUCCAAUCUCUGAGUCCCGCGAUUCUCCCUCGUUGUCGCUGUAGCUUCCAAGCUCGCUUGGCAGACCGAUCCAGAUACUCGCUCGAUAUUCCCUCCUCCUUCUCGUUCUUCUCGACUCAAAAGCCGAUUCGAUCCGGAUCACGCGACUUACGUGCGCCACGUCGGCGACGUGAUCGCUUGUGCGAUCCACUGCAAAUAAUUAAAGUAUCCUCUCCUUGUUUCUUAGCAGAUAUCGAAGGAUGAACGAAGGGACACUCUUAGCUACUUCUCGAUCAGUCAAUCUGACGCGUGCGAAGCGCGAAAGAUGUGAUUUUAAGGGAAUGAUCGACCGUCUGGCACGAAUUUAGCAUGCUCGCGACGUGAUGCUCAUUACGUACAACAGUUACCCGACCGGUCCGGUCAAAGCGACGAUGAUGAUCGCCGCAUACUUGUUCUAGUCAUACGUGAAAUCCCGCGAGUGCACGCACCUUUCCGCUAAAGGAUCAAGCGCGACGGGCUCGCUGGGGAAUCGUUACGAAUAUCUGCGAUCGGACACUCGCGAAUCGAUACUACGCGGAGUAAACGGAUUACUCAUUCCUCUCUCAGGGCGCGGCCGGUCCCGGACGCAUCCUGUCGAUCGUGUCUCCUGUGAUCUUAAGAUUAAAGCGCGCAACCAAGGACUCGUCCAAGAACGCCGCGCGCAAAGAUAGAUUUAAUCUGCUCAAGAUCGAACUCGCGAUUCACCCCCCCUCACACGUUCCCGCGACGUUUACACCCCACACGGCGGGGAGAGAAUCGAGUCCACGUGUCGUCGCGUCGUCACCACACAGCCCGCUGUAACUUCAGGGUAAACGUACCGUAAACGUAACGUAACGUAAUGUAUUUUUUAUCGCGCGCACUCUUUUCUAUAAUCGCCAGUAGUCCGCGAGAGUCACCCUCUCUCUCUCGCGGGAGGGAGAACGAGGUCGCGAAACCGUACGUACUAAUCCAGAGAAAAAAACGAAAAAGAAAAAGAAGAGUAAGAGCGUCGAGGAUGGAGGGAAGUUGAGGGAGAGGUCUCCCUUUCGGGCAGCUUCGUCGAGGUUACCUCGACGUUCGCUUCCGCCGCGGGUUGUCGAUGGACCAAGGGAUCCUCGUCGCUGUUGGCGCGUCAUCCCCAUGGUGGAUACCGAGCUACUGCCAGCGAGAACACACCAAAGAUCGAACGUGCGUCCAAGCCAACCAAUCUGACGAUCACCAAAGAGGAGAACGACACUCGAUCCACAUAUUGCACAUACACAAACACGCACAUACAUCACAGUCACACCAGACGCACAUGUACACUCAUACAUACGGACAUAUACGCAUACGAAGACACACGCACACACGUGCCCACGCUGAUAACGCCAGCGCGUACGCUCGUGUAGAAAUCUAGUCAUCGUCACGCGGAUAUCGAAUCAUCCGGCCACGAUCGGACACGCGUGAUCGUGGAAGAAAACACAAAAAGGCCUAAGCACCAGAAACUACCAAGUGUCUCUCGCGCGAAAUCGAGGCUGUCGCGUCGAAAUUGGACGUUUGACGAGACUAAUCAGAACGGAGGACAAGGGGAAACGCGGGGAGAAGAGAAGGGGAAGUUAUCGAGACGCGGCGGGGGCGUCACGGCGCGCGAACACCCUUAGCGCUAAUUCGUAAGUAAGUAUAUGAGAGAUAGGAUCUAAAAUAAAGCAAAAAAGAGAGAGAGAGAAACACGACGACUCGAUCGUCAACGCGGUUCACCACGAUCGAGGAUCAUUCGCGCCGCGGCGUUCGGUCGCGCUAUCACAGAAUCCUUUCCCUCUCGGCCGCGCGCGCGAUGCGCUUCGACCGAUCGCUCGUCGAUCAUGGACGAUCCAUUUCGCUCCCGGAUCCCUUCUCUGGAUCCCGGGGAUCCCGUACGAACGCUCGCUGCGAUGGGUUUGCAUCUGCGGUUUACUGCAGGACACUACACGUAUCAAAUCAUAUAAAUGACCGGAAAUUCGUCUCAGAUAUUAUCAUACGUAACAUUCCUGUGGCAUAAUGCUAAUGAGAACGCGUUAGAAGCACAGAAGAUGCCAAUACCAAACAUAAAUCCAAUGCGAUAUGAUGCUCCAUGGGAAGUGCUUGGCGUUUAUACGUCGCCGUUGCGCAACUUGUGUCAGAUCCAAGUCUCACGGAGACGCGAACCCAUCAGCAUCGCGACACGAGAUAUCCCAUCAGGAGAGUAUCAUCUCGUGUCGCGAUACCGAUCGCUCGAUCGGGAAGAGAGCGGACGCUCGGCUGAGACCGCGACGGCAUAUCGUAAGCUCGACACGUGUUACGCGUACCGAUAUCCCUUUCUUUUUACUUGCGCGAAACGAUGUAUACUCUCGGGGAAUUCGUCAGCACGCAUACCGAGGCGGACACCGAUAUCCGCCUCACGACCGCCGAGACCAAGAGAGCGGAAGAGUCGAAGCGCAUCGCGACACGCAAACCUUGCGUUCUCCACUUGCGACGCAAAAAUCAACAUCGGCAGGUCGGCAUAGACAGGUAGACAAAUGUGUCUCAGUUGCGUUACACAUAACACACAUGAAAGACGCACGUACCCUCCCUCGAGGAUCAUCGAGAUCGGGAAGGCGAGGCGCGGUAUAAUGCGCGUCUCUCUAGUCAAAUCGGAGUCGUCAGCAUCGUCGCGAGCGGACAGCACAAGCGACAACACUCGCACAGUCAGUCACAGCGUUUGGCUACUGCCCUGUAGAUAAUAUAUAGAUAGGUCUUAAUGAACGAAGAAGAUUAAUUAUUAUAAAUAUAAAUAUAUAAAUAUAUAAAUAUAUAUAUAUAUAAAUAUAAAGAGAAAAAAUAUAUAUAUAUAAAUAUACAGAGCAAAAAGAAAACACGUGUGCUAUGUUCCACAUAGGUGCGAGCGUGCGAGGGUAACAGUGAGAGUGCGAAAAUGCGAGAGAGUGUGACGCGGUUCUUUUUCAAGUCUCCGAUUCUCUAUUCGACGCGAGGACAGCCCGUCCGCCGCGGCUGAAAAUGAAAGACGACGAUGAUUAGGGGUGAUCUCAAGUCGAUCUUAAUUUCGACGAUUACGCCGUGCUCGCGCGACACUGAAGCGGAAGGUGAACGUGACACGACGAAGAUCGCAAGCGGUGAGAGCUUUACGCGAUUAGAGACCGAGAGAGGGGAGAGGAUAGAGCGAUAACGGCGCAAGUAGAUAUGUAAAUGUCCCCUUAAGACUUGUACAUGCAAUAUAUAUGUAAUAUACAUAUAUAUAUAUACAUAUAUAUAUAUUGCUCCUCGUUAAUUAUAGUUAUUAUUAUACUUGUCGCUGCAUUAUUAUGUGAUUAUUACCAUGUUAAUUAUUAUAAAUUCUUCUUACAUACGUAGGUAAAUUUAAUCGCUCUCAUUUGUUGCGGCUCUUUUACGAGCGAAAGCUCGCAGAAAGCUAUGUGAUAUGAAAAUUUUGUGAUAUAGAAAUGGAGUUGUGUAUCCCUGUCAGGGGCGCUCGGACUCUUCGCUCUCUCUUCUCCUCCUGUCUCCACAGCAGGGCUGUUCAUUUAGGACCUCAACGCGACUUCCGGAGGCCUCGCGUCGGCAUCGUCGAUGAAAUUAAGCGGUGAGAUUGCUCGAACGUCGUCUUCACUAAUAAACGCACAAUUUUCUCAACCUUCGA